UGUUAUUUCUGCUUCCUGUCACACUGACUCUCUUCUCUACUGACAAAAGCAAUAAAGAAUCAGCCAUCAGCGAAGAACCAAGAGAAACACUUUACAGAAGGAUCUUUGUGAAGUUUGUUUCUGAAUAGACAGCAGAUCUUUGUGAUUCUGGUGGUGAUUCAUCUUUCAAACUCUUGUUCAGAAAGUGAAAGUAAAGUUUAGAUCGCUGGAGCUCAAAGACUGAAAAUGGCUUCACUAUCUGAAGAUGAUUUUUCUUGCCCUGUGUGUCAUGAAAUCUUCAAGAAUCCCGUUUUUCUGGCAUGUAGUCACAGUGUCUGUAAAGAGUGUCUUCAACAGUUCUGGAGAACCAAGAAGACUCAGGAGUGUCCCGUCUGCAGGAGAAGAUCCUCAAAAUCUGAUCUUCCUCCUAAUCUGGCAUUAAGAAACUUGUGUGAGUCGUUCCUGAAGAAGAGAAAUGAGAGGCGUUCAUCAGGAUCUGAGGAGAUCUGCAGUUUACACAGUGAGAAACUCAAACUCUUCUGUCUGGAGGACAAACAGCCGGUGUGUGUAGUGUGUUUUACUUCACAGAAACACGUCAAUCACACAGUCAGACCAGUCGAUGAAGUUAUUCCUUCAUAUAAGGAGGAGCUCAAAACAGCACUGAAAUCAUUACAGGAGAAACUAAAACACAAAGAAAAAAUGAAAGGAGAGUCUGAGAAAACAGCUGAACACAUCAAGUCUCAAGCUGAGCACACAGAGCGUCAGAUUAAACAGCAGUUUGAGAAGCUUCAUCAGUUUCUCAGAGAUGAAGAAGAAGCUACAAUCACUGCACUGAGGGAGGAAGAGGAGCAGAAGAAGCAGAUGAUGAAGGAGAAGCUGGAGGAGAUGAACAGACACAUCUCAGCUCUUUCACACACAAUCAAAGACAUGGAGGAGAUGAUGAAAGCCAGUGACGUCUGCUUUCUGAAGGAGUUUCCAGUCUCAAUGGAAAGAGUCCAGAUCUCAUCACAGCCGGAUCCACAGACGCCUUCUGGAGCUUUGAUUCAUGUGCCACGUUACUUGGGCAACCUGCCCUUCAGAGUCUGGAAGAAGAUGCAGGACAUCGUCCAGAACAGUGAGUCUGACUGCAGAAGAUACACACACACUGGAAAUGAUGCAAUAUUGACAGAUUUCAGCAUUAUGUGUGAAGAACCAGAUCAUCUACUGCACCAAAAUCAGCAGCUCGCUUUAGAAAGGUUGGGAGCUGCUGUCAGAAGAGGAAAUACGGUGCAGUUCAAGAAGUCUCGCUGUUACAUCCGUAGUAAAGAUGGAGAUCUCCAAGGAACGGGAACACAAAGAUCUGAUGGGUUGUUUCAGCUGGAUGUCGAGGGAAGUUCGCCUGACUGUCACUGUGCAUCAAGUGCUUUAGUAACAGCAAGCUUGUGGCACCAGCGACUGGGACGCACCACCAAAUUGAAGGAACUUAAAAAUCUGGUGAAUGGAGUGGACCUUCCUGCAGAGAAAGAAGUUCCCUUCUGUGAAGCCUGCGUGGAAGGGAAGUUGUCUAGGAAGCAUCAUAAGCCAGUGGGAGAAAUCCGUUCCAAACGCAAACUGCAGCUGGUCCAUAGUGACGUCUGUGGUCCCAUGCAGACUGAAUCUAUAGAAAGUGACAAGACUAAGAACGGACAAUGCUGGGGAAUACACUUCCAAAGAAUUUCAAGAAUACUUGAAGGCUCAAGGUAG